CACGUUUAGUUAGGAUUACAUUGUUUGGUCAUUAUAUAUAAGAUAUAUGUAAAACAUAUCUGAGCAUAAACUCAGAAAAAAAACACAAAAUAUCGAAAUGUGUUCUAAUGGCGAAGUUUUUCCUUGUGCUCUUUCUUACUUCCUGGUUGCAACAUAUUUUUCCUCAGCCUACCAAACUCACUGGCAAUGUUGAGAUUUGAUUUUGGCACGAAGAUUGCGCCAAAUCGCUCAUAUGGAUUGGCAACAUUUUCCUUGGAAUAGAGAAAUUAAGUGUCGAAAUGUCCACGGAAGACAGAGGUGGUCUGCAAAAGCCCAGAGAAAUAGAGACAAACUGAUUUAAUACAUUUCCAACCAUGGAAAGCGAUAAUGGUGCCGUGAGAGAAGGUGUGUUGGUACCUGUGCUACCAGGUUCGAAAAACUUUGACAACAGCAUUCGGCCUCCACUGCAAAACUCGUACAUGUACAAGGAGUCUAAGCAGUCUUUCAGAUACAACUCUGCUUUCUUGAUAAACAAUGCUACUCUGCAGGAACGGUAUGAGGCUUUCCGAACAAAGAGGAGAGACAUGGGAUACACAGAGGAAGAAAUGGAGGAGUCCUAUGGCUUCUUGCUGUUUGACGACGAAAACAAGGCAUAUAGAGUGGGAAAAACUGGUGUUGUCCCUGGACACAGCACAUGUACCACACUUGGAGAUCCUUCAAAGGGUGUGUACGUGUCCAAGUACUCGGACUGCCUGGACUUAAACCGCUGGUACCACGGGAAGUCUGGAUACAUCGCCAUCAUCAGGCUCACCAAGGGCAGGGUCAGAGAAGUGACUGAGAACUACACAGUAAACUACACCUCUCCCUCUAAUGGGUUUGACUGUCAUGUAUCAGAGCAGCUCAGUUCUGUGUCAGCCAACACCAGCUCCUUCCUGGCCUUUGAGAGAACACAGUACUACAUGUAUGAGCUGCCUGUUGGAGGGGCAGUCCAGCCUCCCAGCCAUGUCUGCCCAUUCGCUAUCGUGGCUUUCUCCUAUUGGGAUACCAAGACACCCGCAUCAGAGGAGAAGGAGAAAAGUGAGGAAGAAAAAACAGUCUUUCACUACUAUCCGUGGAGGGGUCAGCUCCAAAUCAGCUCUCAGAUCUACCAUGUGGGUCUGAAGUCCAGCACAGGACCUCUAAUCCCAGCUAAACUUCCAACAAUGAUGUCAGUUGACGGAGCAAUUCAAAUGUCAGACCUGAGGCAGAAAUUACCGAAGGCUAUAUUUGAAACCUGUUUCUCCGGUGAAGUGUCCCUGGAAGGAAUGGGUUGCAGUCUGUAUGAGCUUUCACCCAGUGAGGCUGAAGACACCUCUCUCUCUCAGAUCACACAGGGCCUCAAGGAGAAAGACCUGGCCCUCACAAUACAACUGAAUGAUAAUGGUUUUCUUAUACUGUUACAUUCAUCUCACUUCCUCACAUAUGAAGAUACUGGGUCCAGUAAGCCAGAGGUAUUGCAGGGGAUGUUUGUGUUUCCAGACUCCAGAGCUAUACAUAGAGACACCAAGGUCUGCUCGAAGAAGCCCUUCCUCUCACCAGAGUGCCUCCAGGUGGUGCCUGCACUGAACUACGCAGAGACAGAGGUGGAAAAGUGCCUCCCUUCACCAAGCGGGGAGCUACGUGGUUUACUAGAGCAGCAUAUCCAGAGCUACGCUUCCCUCAUCCACCCUGGGCUUACCAUCAGUCCAUCCAGGGAGGCCAGCAUCUUCCCAGAUCAGUUUGAUGUUCCGGAUGCCCUCAAAUACCUAUACUCAGCCCCCAAGUGGACUGAGAUGGGAUGGAAACGUCUCAAAUCUUAUUUCCACCAGCCGGGCUCCUUUGAGCUGUCGGUGUCCAGAGCCACGGAGCUUCUGGUGGCAGGGCGAGAGGAGCGAGGAGAUGAGCCGGAUGAUGAUGUCUACUACUGUCUGUCAUCUCCAGAGGGGUCCCCCAUGAGUCCUGCUAGUCUGGGUGGCCCAGAGGAGCAGCAGUCAGGGGGAACGUCCCCAGGAGACACAGCUGACACAGCAGCAGACUUUAGUAAAGCACUUGCCGUGUCAAUGGAGGACUUUGAGAAACCUGGUAAGACUAUGGAAGACAGUAAUGCACCAGACAAAGCAGUAAAGGAAGGGAAUAACUUGCUUUCGAAGGAAGUGCAAGAAAGGUUGCCCUCUGAUCUUAGCAAGCCUCUAAUCCCUGCAGAGGAUUUUGCGAAACCUGGCUUGAACAAGGCACACAGUAAAGCACCAGGGACAACUUUGCCUCCAAAAGAGGUGCCGGAGGAGCUCACCUCUGAUCUUUCUCAGCCUUCUGUGUCGGCAGAUGACUCUGAAAAACCUGGGAAGACCAAGGCUGACUGUAAUGCACCAGGGUUAAGAACAGAGGAUGAAGGGACAAGUUUGAUCCCAGAGGAGGUUGAAGUUGAUGUACAAGAAAAGGUGCAUUCUGAUCUUUUAGAGCCUGCAGUCUCUGCAGAGGUCUUGAGGAAAGCUGACCUGGCAGCAUUGGGCAAGGCAGACUGCAACGCACCAGAGGUAGGAGUAGCGAAGGAAGAGACUAACUUGUACCUGAAGGAGGUGCAAAAGGAGGUUCCCUCUGGUGUUUCACAGCCUCCAGUCUCUGCAGAGGUCUUGAGGAAACCUAGUCCAGCCCUGGCGACCAAGCCCAACAGCAAGGCACCAGAGGCAGACGUAGAGGAUAAUAUGAAAACUUUGCCUCAGAAGGAGGUGCAAGAGGAGGUUCCCUCUGAUCUUUCCCAGCUUGCAGUGUCGGCAAAGGCUUUUGGGAUAGCCAGUAUGAGAGUGAUGAAAAAGGUGGCAGAGGUUUCAACCUCACCUGCAUCAGGUAACCUCCCAACAGUGUUAGUCAUCACUGCCACUGAAAGAACUGCAACUGUUUUUCCUCACAAUGAGUCCACCACAAAUAACUCCUCCAGUUUGCCUUGCGCCAAAGUACAGGAUAAGGGCGGGAGUGCUCUCAAUGGACAACGUGGCAAGGCCAAUCAGCCUUCAAAACCCACAGAGGUCAGUCAUUCCUCUAUAUCUGAUUGGAGGAAACGGCCAAGGAAACGUCAUAGAUUUAGCGGAUUGUGUAAAAGGAUCUUGAGGUCUACAGUGGCUGACUUUGAAGAGAAAGAAAAAGAGGACAUGAAAAGUAUGGAUUCAAGUGAAGUCCACCUAUUGAAAAAGAGGAAGGAAAGGAUGGAUUUAAUUAAAGUUAACCCAUUGCAAAAGGAGGAAAGGAUGGAUGUAACCCAAGUUCACCCAUUGAAAAUGCCAAGAGAACUGAUGAAUUUGAUCCAAGAUCCCCCAUUGAAAAAGAAGGAAAAGAUGGAUGUGACCCAAGUUCACCCAUUGAAAAUGCCAAGAGAAUUGAUGAAUUUGAUCCAAGAUCCCCCAUUGAAAAAGAAGGAAAAGAUGGAUGUGACCCAAGUUCACCCAUUGAAAAUGCCAAGAGAAUUGAUGAAUUUGAUCCAAGAUCCCCCAUUGAAAAAGAAGGAAAAGAUGGAUGUGACCCAAGUUCACCCAUUGAAAAUGCCAAGAGAAUUGAUGAAUUUGAUCCAAGAUCCCCCAUUGAAAAAGAAGGAAAAGAUGGAUGUGACCCAAGUUCACCCAUUGAAAAUGCCAAGAGAACUGAUGAAUUUGAUCCAAGAUCCCCCAUUGAAAAAGAAGGAAAAGAUGGAUGUGACCCAAGUUCACCCAUUGAAAAUGCCAAGAGAAUUGAUGAAUUUGAUCCAAGAUCCCCCAUUGAAAAAGAAGGAAAAGAUGGAUGUGACCCAAGUUCACCCAUUGAAAAUGCCAAGAGAACUGAUGAAUUUGAUCCAAGAUCCCCCAUUGAAAAUGAAAAGCAAGGAUUUAAUCCACUAUCACCCAUUGAGAAAUAAAGAAAGUAUGGAUUUGAUUCAUGAUGACCAUCCUUUGAAAAAGAAGACCGAACGAUGGGACUUGAAGGCAAUCAUCUCCGAAUGUGGUAGAAUUUUUGUCCCUCACGGUUCAGAAGUUAUCGCCAAGGAUAUAGAAUCUUUGAAAGUUAAGGGGAAAGUGUUAGAUCACAAACAAUGUGCUGAUGAGAUGAUGGUUGAAGCUUGUAUCAAAGUCCCCCAACCCAUAGAAACAGGAGAUGGACCUAACCUAGAGUUGAACAAGUCAGAUGAGAACAAAGAUUUUCCCAUGGGGAUGUUAGACAGUAAAGACAGUCUGCAUGAGGUCAAAAUGGCUGAUGUAGGCAAGAUGGCCUCUCUGAAUCCCUCAGAACUGCUCCUGAACAAAGACACGGAUUCUCCUUCCUCAGGAAAACACAAAAAGAAGCGUCAAUAUGUCGCAAUAUCCCUCAGUCAACUAAAGACAGUCCUUUCAAGAGGGGGAAAGAGGAAUAAACCCAUCAAUCCUGCUCCAGGAGAUCAAACAUCACCCGUGAACAAGAAAAGCAAGGCUGAUACUCCCGGCAUGGAUGAAAUGGAAAAUGUUAAUAUCAACAAAGCCAACCCGGACAGAACCACAGCUGCUGUUGAAGUUGCAAAGGAACAGACAUUUGGCCUAGACCCAAAGUUUGCACUAGCGUUAGGCUUGACUCCUACGGAGUUGAAUAAUGAUUCACACAAAUCUCCAGAAAAAAGUGAUAUUCCAUUAAAGAAAGACAUUCAGAGCAGACUGGACCUGGUCCCACCUCAAGCCACAUCUGACCAAACGUCUGAGGCUUUGCCUAGCUCACCUUCAACAACAGUCAUCUUGGCGAGUCAGAGGAGACCAUUCAAAAAGAAACAUGAGCACGCAGACUCCAUUAGGAAAAAAUGGUGGUUGCAUUAUCGCUCACCAGCUGCUUUAGAAAGGGAGACAGUAGCUAUAUCCUCCCAACUAGUGACACUUGACCCGGAUCUCAGCCGUGUUGUCAGUAGGGGUAGGCCCUGUGAAGGUGCCAGCGCUGUAUCGUGCCCACCUGCAGAGUCUCUGGCCCUAUUGGCCGAUUUGGCUCGCAGUACCAGUAAUGACAAGGUACUGGAACAACAGUCAGACCCAAAGGCUCUUGAAAAACAAGAUGACCACCCAAGUUUGGUGAUAAGUGACAACAGUGUCAAAGAUGGCAUCUCUCCUCAUGAUCCAGAUGGUGAGCCAGAGUUUGUCCUUCCUGCUCUGCUGAAGCACCCUUCUGCUGCUAGGCUUAAACUCCCCCCUCAAUCUCUGUCACCCAAGGGGCUGGUGGUGGGGAGUGGGGAGCGGGUUGUGUUAGUCUCACAAGAGCAUUCAUACUCACUGCCGCCAUCCUCUCUACUAUUGGGUUUGUCAGGUUCAAUCGUUCAAGUCCCCAUUUCGGAGGGACUUCAGCAGCAUCGCAAGGAUAUCUUUGCUGACGGAACUCAAACACUACGGGCCUUCCUGUGUCAGCAGAAGGACCAGAACAGGAAGGAACCGGGAUUGGCUCGGGAAUCCCUGAGCAGGGGAAUCGGGUGCAGGCAGAAGUUCCAUCGCUUCCGGCGGUUCAUUGUAAAAGAUGGCUCAGUUCAAGUGACAAGGCUGUGGAAGGAAAACUAUAACUUUAAUUCAGACAGCAAGUUUACCAACGACCCUAAGGAUAAAACAGUUAUUAGAGCCCUACAUGGCCCAUGGGAUUUUGACAUUAAGGACACAAAGGAACAGGUUCAGCUCAUCAUCCACAUGUGGAUAGGUCUUUUCUACAGCAGGUCCACUGCGAGGUUCUGCCAGGCAGACUCAAGUCUAACAUGUUUGGAAAAAAAGGAUUCUAUAGACGUGGCUCAUGGAAUGGUACCAGGCCAGGUUCCACCUGGGACCAAGACAAGUUCCCCUGCUUAUAUAGCCCUCUCCAGGAUACCAGAACCUGAUGUUUUGGACCUUCGUAAAAUGGGUCAAAAAAAAGCACAACCAUUAAGCCUGGAAGCUGAGGUAUUGGACCUUUCAAUGAAAACAACCUCAACUGUGCUAGACUCUCUAGACACAGAGUCUAAGCAGAGAAUAGAUUUGAAAAAUCAUCCAUCAUACCUACCAGCAACUGGCCUGCACAAGGAAACCAUCUCUUGUCCAAAACAAAGUACAGGUGUUGAGUUAAAGGUUUACAGAGACCGUGUGGACAGCAUGAUGUCAGAAAAAUCCAGUGACCUGGGUGAUGAUGAAGACUAUGAAACCAACAACCAUGAGAAUGACAGCAAGGGUACCCUCCAAAAUGGUGUGUCCCCUUACGAAAGAACUUUGGAAAGUGAUCGAUCGUACAUACUUUUGUGUGAACAGGCAGCAAGUGUGUACAUUCAUCAAGAAAAGCUCCUGGAGACUCAAACUGCUCAGGUUUUGGAGGGUAACAACAAAAAGCUCCUGGAGACUCAAACUGCUCAGGUUUUGGAGGGUAACAACAAAAAGCUCCUGGAGACUCAAACUGCUCAGGUUUUGGAGGGUAACAACAAAAAGCUCCUGGAGAUUCAAACUGCUCAGGUUUUGGAGGGUAACAACAAAACGCUCCUGGAGACUCAAACUGCUCAGGUUUUGGAGGGUAACAACAAAAAGCUCCUGGAGACUCAAACUGCUCAGGUUUUGGAAGGCAACAACAAAAAGCUCCUGGAGACUCAAACUGCUCAGGUUUUGGAAGGCAACAACAAAAAGCUCCUCCAAAAGGAGGAGGAGAUGACGGGUGAUGGAGAACCAAACGCACUGUGUCUUAAAACCAUGGGCUCUAAGGAUGUCAAUAAGGAGCAACAACUUAAAGAUAACGAUUCAGUCAAAACAAUGCCAUGCACAGAAGUGCAGAUGGAUGGUGAUGCUGCCAAUAUGGCUGACACAGUUGAGCGUAAUGCAAAUGAAGCCAGAGAUGGGGCUCACGUUGUCAUCUGUGAUGGCAGUGAGUCAAUAGAGGAGAUGCACGAAGUAGAUCACAACGUGAAGGAUUCUGUUAAAGCAGCAAAACCAGAAGCAGUGCAUGCUGGGAAAGAUACCACAAACAAGAAAAUCACUAAAGCACAAACUGCUGUGCAUGUUGGGAAGGAUUUCAUUGAUAACGAUAAGGCACUCAAAGCAGUGCACAGUGAAAAUGUUCCCAGAGAUUAUGGAAACACCAAAGACCAGGUGCAAACUGCAAUGCAGGAUGGGAAUGAUACUAGAGACGAGACCCUACCAGCGGUUAUUUGUGGAGAAGAUUCAGGAGAUAAAACACCACCUGUGGUGUGUGAUGGGAACACAUCUGUGGCUGAGACACUACCAGAGAUAUCACAUACUGAAAAUGAUUCCCAAAAAGCAACACUGGCAGUGGUGCAUGGUGGAAAUGAUCUGAGAGAUACGACACUACCUGUGAAAUGUAAUGGCAAGCUGUACAUAGACGUAGAACCCACUGUAGUGCAUGAUAUAAAUGGUUCCACGGAUGAGGAACUACCAAUGGGGCAGGGUGGAGAUGUUUCUGCUGGGACUAGCAGAGUACUGCCAGAGAUGCAUGGUGAGAUUAAAUGUAAAGAUGUACUGCCCACGCAAGUAUUUCCAGUAUGCGAUGGGAACAUGCCUUUUGUAGGUGAGUUUGACACACUCAUUCAGCCCAAUAAUGUUUUAGGAGUGGCUAAACAUGAAAUAAAUGAGGCUGAUUUACAAACUAAAGAACAGGAAAAAGAAUUGAUGCAGGGUCAGAGUAAAUCUGAUGAUGUCACAACUCAAAGUUCCACAACAUUCCCGCCAGGGUCCCAACAUUCUCAAGACGAGACAUUAGAAAGACUGACAGGUCAGGUAGAAAUACCACUGAUUCCCAGGGAAGACAUUGCACACACAGAUGUUCUACAUUCAAUAGGUGAGGCAUCAGAUAUGGCGCAAGGUCAGGUAGAAAUUCCAUUUAUUGGAGUAGAAAUACCAUUUAUUGGAGUAGAGAAGAAUAGCCAGGAUAUCAAUCACACAGAGGUGCAUGAUUCUCCCCCAAGUCAGAAAGAGACACUGAUCACAGUCUGUGAUAGUGCUAAUGUGUUAUCAGGUGAACUGCUAGCAAAAAUAUUUUCAAAGGGGACAGAAUCUGUCAGUCGAUACCCAACUGUGGAUGAGGUGCUGUAUGGUUACAUCCCCAUUCCUGACAUCUGCUGUGAUGCUGAUGGGGUCAGCAAACCCCUCAGCACUGGGGAAGGUUACAGCAGAUGCCCAACUCCUACAGAAGACGAGCCACCUUUCGUUCCAGGACUUUCUUACGACCAUCACACACCAAACACUGUUUUGAUGCCCAAUGCGAAAGACACCAACAGUCCCAACCUCGAUAGUGGUCUUGCGCUCAUUGAAAAUGAAAAGGAUCAUCAUGAACCAAGUCUUAGUCUCUAUAAAGUUAGGGCUGCUACUGGGUUGCACAAUCUGCAUAAAUCCAGCAACAAUAACAAACCAAAUCAUCUGGAAGCCAUUGAUAAUCGGUUCUUUCAAGUAUUGGCUGAUCCUCGCAAGAACCCAAUCGCCACUAGCACACCUCUCAACACUCCCUCAUCUUCUUUAAAGGAAAGAAGCGAUUACGAUCCAUAUUCAAAUACGCGACUUGCCGCUGUUGAACCAGACCUGCAUGCUCAUUCAAAUCGCCAUUCGCUGCAUAGUUUCUCUUACUCGUUUCCCAACACCCACUGUUCCUUAACAGAGAAAGCUGCCUUCUCUGUGCCAUCUAUCCACCCGGAAGUCCUGUCCAAUGAAACAACAUUAACUGGGAACUUUAGUGAAAUUGCUUUAGAAAGAGAGACUUGCUUGCGUCCUGCCUUAAGUGAGCUCAUCCUACAGUCCACCCGUCUGAGUAUUCCAGUGGGCAGUGGACCUACAGCAGCUUCUCAGAACCUUUCAGUGCACAGUUUUACUCAGCCCCAGCCAAACAGCCAGAAACCUGCCAUGAUUGUGAAUGUCUCCAAGAGUGAGGACAGCAGAGGACAGUACAACUGGGAAGAAGGACAAACAGAUAUUGACUCUAUGUCUUCAGAUGUCCUAAAAAGCAAACAAACCGAUACCCCUGUCCGCUCAAACACUAAUGCUCACCCUUAUAACACACAGUAUGCCACAGAGAUGAGACAGAUUGCAGUUUUGCAAGAUUAUGAGGAUGUUAUGGCUGAUGAGGAUGUUAUGGCUGAUGAUGAGGAUGUUAUGGGUGAAAAUGAGGCACCUUCUGUAGAUAAAGACAACAUUGAAUCCAGUUUAGAGACCAAUUGGAUAUCAGAUGACAAACAUUUAAGAAGUAAAUUCCGGUUAAAUAAAACAAGACUUGACUUCAUCAACUCUUUACGCCAGUCUCAGGAAUGGGAGCAAAGGGAAUUUGAUGGGGUUUUGGACUUCAACAAGCAAGGCACUUCCUCGUCAGUCACCAUCCAGUCUGAAGAAUCAGACAAACUACUUUCCCAUAUGGAAGAGAACCAACAGGAGUGGUUAAAGUAUUGUAGGGCUAAGAGGAGUGGCAGCCAGAUGGAUAUGACCAAGGAAGAAGACUCCUCAGUGGCAAAGCCACGCUUAGUUACCGUUUUGGAUCACAAAGGAAACAGAAUCACCUAUGAAAACUAUCCAGUUUUAAAACCUAUAGCAAGCAUGCACAGUGACCCGAACAGACAGGGCUUGAGCAGUUUUCUGGAGUUCUCCAAGAGGUGGGAUGAUACACAUAACGCUGAUGAAUCUGAUCUUACUCAGUCAUCUAUGGAUCUGGAGACCCUCAUCUUCUUAGAGAGAAUGAACCAGAUGCUAAAACGUAAGAGUAGUAGCAGCAGCAGGUACAUCCGAUCGAGACACCGCAGGUCAAACGUAGAAGAAAGAGCUUCCACCAGUAGCCCGGCUGUGACAGUGCACUUUUCCAGUCUACAGGAGGAUCAGGACGGCUCCGAGGAGCACUGGGAGGCGAUACCAUCACUUGCAGGACAAAAAAUCAGAGUGGAGAUGCCUGAAAGGAUGGCUAUGCCUGAAGAAACAGAUGGAGAACCUCAGCAUCUUAAGAAACUUUCCUGUACAAAGGGCAGUGAGAUGACGCAAGUUUCAGAUCUGGUUGUGGAUAGUUUCAGGGUGUACCAUGCUAUGAUGACUGAGGUCUGUGCAGGCAAAAAAUACCCAUCCAGAACUGAGAGACUCAAGAGAGAAGAUGCAAAGAGAAACAGUUCGCCAAAGUCUCGAGCUCCAAGCAAAGACAAAGACUUCUGUGGGCAGAUGAAGGAGGACAUGUAUGACAGCCUGCAUGAUAAUCUGAACUCUGUUGUGAGACAGUCAUGUAAGAACAAGUUCAGGUUCUACAUACUGGUGACAUCAUCUGACCCAUUCUUCAGAGAGACGAAGGAGCUGUUAGAAGCAGAGGGCCACAUUGCGGUAGAACAGUCUCAAUUCUGCCUUGGAAAGGAUAGUCCAUUGUGCCCUCUACACAUCAUCUUAAGGAACGAAGAUAUCGCUGAACACAUUUGUGAGGUCCCUCACUUGCUUGAGUUGAAGAAGUCUCAGAAUGUGUUGUUUGCUGGUAUUGACCGUCCUGAUGACAUCGUGAACUUGACCCACCAAGAACUCUUCAGCAAAGGCGGUUUCGUGGUGUUUGAGGGAGCAGCUCUGCACACACUCAGUCUCAGCAACAUGAAGAAAAUGUCUGGUUUCCUGGAGGGAUUGAGUAAAAAAGGGAAGUGGAAAUGGCUCUUGCACUACAGAGACAGCCGGAAGCUAAAAGAGAAUGCACGGUCUAGUGCGGAAGCACAGGGCAAAAAAAUCUUCAUGGACAUCUGCCAGGAGGCUGGAAUGGUGGAGGUCUUACCCUACCAUGAAUGUGACGUCAUUUCAAGGGAACGACCCAACUACCUCCACUGUCUAGUUCGCCUACAGGUCCAGAAUGUAUCGGCUCGUUUACCUGUAUUUAUAACUGACACAACGGCAGACAAAGCGUUUGCAAAACAUGGGAUCUUCACAAUGAAUAUAAACUCUUUCCUGCUGAUUUCUCAGAGUGACACAUGCACUAUUUCUUAAGCUGAUGGGGAAGCUGUCCACAGAAAUCCUCAGUACAUCAAAAUGCAAUGACAUUCUAUUUAUAAAGCCCUUGUUUUAGUUGUCAGAAAGUUGUCAAAGUGAUUUAAAUUAACCCAACCAAGAGGCUAAUGAGCAGCGGCAAAGAGAUACUCUAAGGAAACCUUCAAACCUCGAGAGGAACCACUCAGAAGGAGGAGGCCCCUUUAAGAAAUAAACAUUUCUAUUCCAAAAAUAAACUUUUUGUGGAAUUCUUGGGAGUUCUCUCAGAAAUGUAAUACAUACUGACGAUCUAACCCAGAUCUACAGAUUUACUUAGAUCAAUCAUUGUAGUGUAAUACAAAAAACAUUUUUUUGUUUAUAACAAGGCUAAGAACAUUUACUUAGAUCAAUGUUUUGGUUCCUUUGUGUAAAUUGCCUUUAAUUUCAUGUAGAUAUAUUUAUUCGUAAUAUUUUUUUUUCUAUAACAGGUAGAUUGUGUAUAGAUUAAACAUCUGUUUCGGCAUUAUAUUUCUUCAAUUGUGUAUUUAUAUGUAUGUUUGUAAAGACAUUUAUUGUACUUUUGUGACAUAAAGAAAUUGAAAUAGUG